UAAUUAUCUCAAUUGAGUUCAAUUGUUCGCGAUGCCUUUCAACAAACUGUCCAUAGAUAAAAUUUGGCAUUCAUGAAUUGUCGGAUUGUCAUAGAUUUUAACCAUGUUGAGAUAUCGAUUGUGCAAGCCAUAGGAAAUAUGAAAGUGCCUAUUGUUGGGGCAGUAGUACUACUGGCGUGUCUUGCGACAGUGCAGAGUCUGGUUUGCUUGAACUGUCCUGACGCGGCGCAUCCCAGAUUUUGUAAACACGUGACAACGUGUUCUGUGGGAGAGAAAUGCGGCAUCGAGACAUUUGUAUCAACUGACGGCGACUUAUUAUAUAAGCUGGGCUGUGUGGACACGAACUUCUGUACGGCGACACCUUCCUUAAAAAGCCAGAAUGGUAACCAUGGAAACCAAUUUGUCGCCUGCCAGUCUUGUUGCGACAAUCACGAUUUGUGCAACGACGUUGGUUGCAACAGUACUGGAUUUCCGAUAAACAGGGGCCCAAUUUGCUUCAACUGUGAAGCCUUGCCCGGAGACUAUGCAUGCCAUAAGGUCGAACAUUGUGAGCCACAUGAGGUUUGUUUCAAAGAUGCUACAUUGGAAUUUCAAACCGACAUGAUGUAUUCAAGCGGCUGCCGAUCAAAACAUAAUUGCGCGGACAACAUUGUCGAUCCAGUCGUUCUCUUAGGAAAGCGACACGUGACCGAUGACGUAUACACUGAAAACAAAAGAUCCGUGAGCGUUUGCACAAGCUGUUGCGCGGGAGAUCUGUGCAAUGUACAGUGUAAAGGCACGGGUCAGUACCCCCCGCCGACCACUACGUCAACGACUUUGUCGACCACAUUGCAGACCACUGUGUCGUCUACUAUGUCCACAGAUACGACAACAACGACCACGAUGACAUGGUUACAAUCCACCCCUGAGCUUCCGCCAGUUGUUGGUAUGCGUGUGGAAAGAGGUCCCGACUGGCACUGGUUGAAUCAGGACGGAAACGGUCCGGGGACAGUCACGGGAAUCCCUGUGGCCGGCUGGGUUACUGUGAGAUGGGACAACAACGGUAAUAAGAAUUCAUACCGGUACGGCUUCAAUAACACAUACGACGUCCAGCCGAUUAGCGCGACCACAACAAAGAUCACGGCAAAUGCGACCACAACCACGAUCACGGUAAAUGCGACCACAACCACGAUCACGGCAAAUGCGACCACAACCACGAUCACGGCAAAUGCGUCCACAACCACGACUACUGCAAAUGCCACCGAAACAGUGACCGCACGGAUGCCUAUUCUACAGGUGAACGAUACUGUUGUACGAGGACCUGAUUUGAUGUGGCUGGAUCAGGACGGAAACGGUUCAGGCACAGUUAUUGACGUCCCUAUGGCCGGCUGGGUAGGUGUAAGGUGGGACAACACAGGCAUUAUGAAUUCAUACCGGUAUGGUGCCGAUAACAAACACGACGUCCAGCCGAUUAGCGCGACCACAACGGCCGCUGCAACUACGACCGGUCCCAUCUCUGGGACCACGACAGGGGCCUUGUCCGGGGCCACGACCGAAGCCAUGUCCGGUAUCACGACCGGACCCUUGUCCGGGACCGCAAACGGGGCAAUAUCUUGGACCACCACCGGGGCCAUGUCCGAGACCUUGUCCGGGAUCACGACCGGGGCCUUGUCCGGGACCACGAGCGACUCCAUUUCCCAGACCACGACCGGAGCCACGUCACAGACCACAACCGGUGCCUUGUACGAGACUACGAGCGGGUCAAUACCCGGGACCACAACCGGCGCCAUGUCCGGGACCAAAAUCGGGACCAUGUAUGGUGGGACCACAACCGGGGCCACUACAAAUACCUCCCUGUGCAAACCCCUGAACGCUCCCGCCCACAUGCAUUUAAAGUCGGAGAUGUCGUGGUUCGAGGGACGGACUGGCGACAUGGCUCCCAGAUGCUGGUAUACCGGUAUUAUGUUUUCUGGAUGAUGAUCAAAACGGGAUCCGUCAGGUUGGCGUGGCCGUAGCCGGGCCUCCCCAGACCCCGCCCCAGUGGCUGGAUUCGCCGGGCGGGUAUUCUAACACCUACCGCGUGGGCUUCGACGGCCACUGAGAUAUACGGGCGGCAUAGAAUGUCUGGCGACACAUACGUGUGUUUGCCCUCGAUUUACAUGUAUUUGAAGAAGUGUUCAUUUCAUUACAAUAUAUCAAUUGA